AUGUUCCUCCGAGCCGUCUCCUCGUUGCUCUUCCUUGCGCUCAUCAUCUUGCUGGUACCCCUCACUUUCGAUAUCGGUGGACGCGAUGCUGGCCUCGGAUUCUCUCUGUCCGUCGCAUCUUUCUAUUUCUUCCUCUCGUUAUUGCGCAUCUCGACCCCAGAAAGUUCUGCUGUCAGGAGGACGCUGAUCAAUCUACUGCGGGGUCUGCAAUGGUUGAUUAUACCCAGCCUGUGUCUUUGGGCGCUAGGAAGAUUCUCAGUCGACGCGAACAAUAGUGGUCGGUGGGUGGAAAGGACUUUCAGACCGAAGAAGGGGUUUCUAGAUGCACACAGCAGUCUCUCUGAUGCCAUUUUUGGGCCGGAGGGCUUGAUCGAGAAUGUGACGGUUGGUGGAUGGGAUCUGCUCUUGCGAUGGUCGUCCCCCUUCUUUCAGUUGCUCGAGGGAUUCUGCAGUCUGCUGGUCAUUCAAGCCGCGGGCCAGUUCUCUAGAUGGCUUGUUAACCGGAGCGAAUGGAGUGAUGCUUGGCUCCUGACGCUCCUGGUCUCUUCUGCUGGCGUUGUCUCGAGCUCAGUCUACUUUCUAUGGAGAGUCUUGCAAUUCCCGGAUAUCUCGAACAUAGAUUCGACCCUCAUCGGCAUCGCCAUCGCAUCAGCCAUCUUCCUCUGCGGAUACGGCGUGGUCUCGGGUCGCGGCACGGCGAUGGAGUCGUCUCUGUUGUUCGCCUACAUCGUCCUCUGCAUCUACCAAAUCUUCACCGACUAUAAGCCAAAUGUCCCAGUCGACGCUGGCACCGCCUCUGCGGCUCCGGAUUUCCCGCCUUUCCCGCCCAUCAUUAUGUCCUCGUACACGGCAUUAAUGCAUGCGCUCUCUCAGCUACCGGAAGCCUUGGUUACUGCUCUCGACUUCACCGUGGCAGCAUUCCGAGCCGUUACCCCUUCUGUCCUUAUCUCCCUUGGGUAUCGCCUUUUUGUUUUCUACGCCUCGACGCGAAUAAUCCCAGCUGUCAAUGAAAGUGGUGUCCGAGGCCUAAGCAUGGAACCGAGUCUGGAUGACAAUGAUGCAGGAAACCGCUUCCUUGCCUUCCUCUCGUGGUUCUCUCCGAGUAUCUUGAUUGCAGUGUACACAAGCCUUCUGAUGCAGCAUUUCGCGACUACGAUUGGCGGUUACUCUCCAGGCCUCACAGAGUCGAUCAGUGCUUGGUGGAGCGGAAAUGGUCAACCUGGAGUCAACGGCAACGUCUGGAAAUGGGUGAACUUGGUCAUCACAAUGGGCUUGUAUGCGAUUGAGCUAUGGCUUGGCAAAGAAGAGGAUAUCGACGGAGGGCAUUGGAAGGUUGAUUGA